ACCAUCUCCCUCCUCACCGCGGCGCCCACGCUGCGCAUAUCACCACACACACCUGGAGAUCUGGACUUGUCACCAUGGCGGACCUGAUGGCCGAUCUGGCGCCCGACUCGCCGCUGCGCGAGCCCGACAGCCCGGGCGUUUCGGCGUCCAUGUUUGGCGCACACGAUGCGCCCGACGGCGAGGCAACGGGCGAUAGCCGCGGCGCAGACGUCGAGGGCAACCUCGAGGCAGCGGGCAUCGUCGGCGCGGGCAAGGCGGCAGGUGGAGCGUCGACUGUGCUCGACUCCGAGGGCCCUGAGCCGCAGGGCGAGCAGGAGGAGCAGGACGCACGCGAGGCGAUGGACGCAGAGAUGAAUGCAGGUGCGCGGGACGGCGAGCCAGGGCAUGUUCGCCAGGCGUCGGCUGUGGAGGACAUGGACGAGGACAACGAGAGCUCGGCCAAGCGGCCGCAGCCCGUGGAGGAGGAGGAUGAGGAGGAGUACCAGGAGCGCGAGGCUGAGCGGCCAAAGAAAAAGAAGUCUCGGGCGGUGUCGCCGGAGCGCUCAGCAUCCCCAGUGGAGCAAAGAGCGCCCGACGCGGAGCUUGGCCAGGCUGAGCAAGCCGAGCGCCGGCGCCGGGAGCUCGACCUGGCGAUCCAGGCGGCGACGCGGCCAACGAAGAAGCGGCCACGCAAGAAGAAGGACGACGAGGUGGACCUCGACCAAGCUGCCGAUGACGAAGUGGCUCAGAUUCGGGACCGCAUGAUCGCAGCGGCCAAUGACGACCACACUGCAAAUGACGAAAAGCGGCCGGCGACGAACAAGCUGCGCAUGCUGGGCGUUGUCGUCGACACGCUGCAAAAAUCUCAUCUGCAGCAGUCGAUCCUGGACAACAACCUGCUCGACGGCGUGCGGCGAUGGCUCGAGCCGCUGCCCGACAAGUCGCUGCCCUCGCUCAACAUCCAGCGCGCCUUCUUCCCUAUCCUGCUCGGCAUGGAGAUCGACACGAUCUCGCUGAAGAUGAGCGGGCUCGGCAAGGUGGUGCUCUUCUACUCGAUGUGCGGGCGCGUCGAGGCUGGCAUUCGCCGCAUUGCAGACCGCCUCAUCGAGAACUGGUCGCGGCCGAUCCUGAAGCGCUCCGCCUCGUACCGCGACCGCCAGCAGCAGACGAAGGCCAUGUCGUACGAGCGGCCAAUCGCGAUGGAGUUCAUCCCCGAGACGAUGAACGCCGCGUCGCAGAGCCGCCGCAACGCCCAGCCGCCGCCGCCGGUGACGGGCCGCGACUUCCUCUACGCGCCUGUGUCGCAGGUGGCCGGCAGCCAGGACGACAGCCAUCGGGCACGGGCAGCCAACCACGACAGGCUCAACAAGUUCAAGCGGUCCUUGCGGGAGAAGAAGUGAGGGCGUACGGCGAGAGCGAGCAAUGCGAGCAUGCAUCAUCGC